UUCCUCUUCUUACCCUGCACCCAGAGCUUAACUGGAGAGGACUAAGGCAGAAGGCACCAUGAGUAGUGGCCCUGUAGGAGGCAGGCCUGGGGGCCGAGGGGCACCAGCAGUUCAGCAGAACGUUCCUUCCAACCUCCUCCAGGACCAUGAGAACCAGAGACUCUUCGAGCUUCUUGGCCGAAAAUGCUGGACACUGGCUACUGCAGUUGUUCAGCUGUACCUGGCACUGCCCCCUGGAGCUGAGCACUGGACCAUGGAACACUGCGGGGCUGUGUGCUUCGUGAAGGAUAACCCUCAGAAGUCGUACUUCAUCCGCCUUUAUGGCCUACAGGCUGGUCGGCUACUCUGGGAACAAGAACUGUACUCACAGCUGGUUUACCUCACUCCCACCCCAUUCUUCCACACCUUUGCUGGAGAUGACUGUCAAGUAGGACUGAACUUUGCUGACGAGAGUGAAGCCCAGGCCUUCCGGGCCUUGGUGCAGGAGAAGAUACAAAAAAGGAAUCAGAGGCAAAGUGGAGAAAGACGCCAGCUACCACCGCCACCAGCACCAACCAAUGAGGAGAGAAGAGGAGGACUCCCACCUGUGCCCCCACAUCCAGGUGGAGAUCAUGGGGGCUCAUCAGGUGGUCCACUAUCUCUAGGACUUGUGACAGUUGACAUUCAGAACCCUGACAUCACAAGUUCACGAUACCGUGGGCUCCCUGCACCUGGCCCUGGCCCAACUGAUAAGAAACGCUCAGGGAAAAAGAAGAUCAGUAAAGCUGAUAUUGGUGCACCAAGUGGAUUCAAACAUGUCAGCCACGUGGGCUGGGAUCCCCAGAAUGGAUUUGAUGUGAACAACCUAGACCCGGAUCUGCGGAGUUUGUUCUCCAGGGCAGGAAUCAGUGAGGCCCAACUCACUGAUGCUGAGACUUCCAAGCUCAUCUAUGACUUUAUUGAGGACCAGGGUGGUCUAGAGGCUGUCCGGCAGGAAAUGAGGCGCCAGGAGCCACUCCCACCACCUCCACCACCUUGUCGAGGAGGAGGAGGAGGAGGAGGAACACCACCACCUCCACCCUGCCCUGGGAAUGGGCCUGCCCCUCCCCUGCUUCCUCCUACUCCCGUGUCUGGGGGGAGCCCAGCACCUGGUGGGGGCCGGGGUGCACUUUUGGAUCAAAUCCGGCAGGGAAUUCAGCUGAACAAGACCCCUGGAGCUAUGGAGAACUCAGUCCAGCAACCACCUGCUCAGCAGUCAGAAGGCCUAGUGGGUGCCCUGAUUCAUGUCAUGCAGAAGAGGAGUAGAGUCAUCCAUUCCUCAGAUGAAGGGGAGGAUCACACUGGUGAGGAUGAAGACGAUGAUGAAUGGGAUGACUAAACUCAUCUUCCUCUGGCAAGCUAGUUCCUCUCAACACUCACUCUGCCGUCUAGAUUCUGCUCCACUGUCAGCUUCCAAAUUCAUCUGUGGUGGGACGUCACACCCACUCUAAACUCAACAUCUCAUCGACUUUCACUUCUCAUCACUCAGGGAUUAAACAGGAUAAAAAUGAGUCUUUGGGGCUGGAGAGAUGGCUCAGAGGUUAAGAGCACUCACUGCUCUUCCAAAGGUCCUGAGUUCAAUUCCCAGCAACCACAUGGUGG